AACUCUAAAUUCACAAGUUUCUUGCAAAAUUUGCAACCUUUAUUUUUUGCUUAUUAAAAAAUUAUUGUGUAUUCUGUUUAAUUAAUAUGCGUUAGAUAAAUAUAUUAUUGUGAAAAUCGGUGACUAGAAGCAACUGGCAAGCAAGAAAAGCAACAACAAAGACUUGUUUUUGCCAAAUUAAAAAAACUACAACAGCAAAGUGUCUGCAUACGAAAGCAUGGAUUUGCAGCAUAUGGAGAAUGGCCUCGGUGGUGGUGGAGCUGGAGGAGGAGGCGGAGGCUUGAAUGAGAUUGACUUUCAACGAUUGGCACAAAUAAUCGCGACAAGUAUUGAAAAAGUACAACAAAAUGUGUCCACUAUGCAGCGAAUGGUUAAUCAGCUGAAUACGCCACAAGAUUCGCCCGAAUUGAAAAAAAAGCUUCAUCAGUUAAUGACCUAUACCAAGCAGCUGGUUACGGAUACCAACACUCAGCUGAAGGAGGUGGACAAGUGCAAGGAGCGACAUCUGAAGAUACAACGCGAUCGCCUGGUGGAUGAGUUCACAGCGGCACUGACCGCCUUUCAGGCCGUUCAACGCAAGACGGCUGACAUUGAGAGGAGCGCAUUGCACCAAGCGCGUGCCCACAACUAUAGCAUUGCACAUCCCCCCGGCUCGACGCGCAACAGCAAUGCCAAUAGUUUCGAGGAUAAUUUCUUCAAUCGCAAAUCAAAUCAGCAGCAACAGCAGCAAGUCCAAACGCAAAUGCAGGAGGAGGUGGAUCUGCAGGCGCUAGAGGAACAGGAGCGUGCCAUACGCGAGCUUGAGAGCAACAUUGUUGGUGUCAAUGAGAUCUAUAAGAAUUUGGGUGCUAUGGUCUACGAGCAGGGCGUAGUUGUGGACUCCAUUGAGUCGCAGGUGGAACAAACAAGCAUUUUCGUUUCACAGGGCACGGACAAUUUGCGCAAGGCCAGCUCCUACAGGAACAAAGUUCGAAAGAAGAAGCUGAUACUGGCUGCCAUCCUAUUCGCUGUCCUAUUGGCAAUCGUAUUGAUCCUAGUGUUUCAAUUUAAAAACUAAGCAUACUAAAAAUUAAAUGAAUAUUAGGAAAUUGAUGUAAAAAAGACAAGUGUUGCCGCAUGCUGGGCUCCCAUCCGUAAUUUAGACGCAUUUGUGGCUUUAAAACUAGAAAUCACUUCCAAAAAUUGGAUAGAAUUGGAAAUGGAAAGUUGAAAAACUUAUGGGCAAAUAUUGCUAAACUUAGUUGCAUGUAUCAAAAAGUAUUCACCCACACAGAUAAGCGGCGUUUACACACAUACACACACACGCCAACAUACAUAUGUUAUAUAUAAUUAUUAUAUUCUAACAAGUUAUCUUAUAUUUUAAUAAUUAUGCACUUUGUAUUGUAUUAUAUUGAUUGAGUGGCGCAUUCUCAAUUCCGUUAGCUGCAAAUUCUAAUACUUUUCCACACUCAUUUGCCAGCGCUUUGUAAUGUAUUUAAGUUUAAGAGGAAGGUAUAAUAUGCAUAUACGAUGGUACAUAAUAAUAAUUAA